AUGUACAAUAAUAUAUUCAAAAGAUCAUCGAUAAAAUAUUUUAAACAAAUAUCAAAAUCAAAUCAACAAUUAGGAAAACAUUUUGCAACUACUACUACUACUACUCCACAACAACCUAGUAAAACAACUACAGUCAAUCCAACAACUACAUUAAACACAGCAACUGGGAACAUUCAUGUAUCAACCCCAUUAGAAUCACCAAUUCAACCACCAGAAGGUUCUUCAAUCACAUUAAAUUCAGCAACAAGAGAUGCUUCAAAAUUCGGUUCAAGACCUAUAUAUUUAGAUGUACAAGCUACAACACCAGUAGAUCCACGUGUAUUGGAUAAAAUGUUGGAAUUUUAUACCGGAUUAUAUGGAAAUCCUCAUUCUUCAACUCAUGCUUAUGGUUGGGAAACAGAUAAAGAAGUCGAAAAAGCAAGAGAACAUAUUGCUUCAAUAAUAAACGCUGAUCCAAAAGAAAUCAUUUUUACUAGUGGUGCAACAGAAACAAACAAUAUGGCUAUAAAGGGAGUACCUCGUUUUUAUAAAAAAACUAAAAAACAUAUUAUAACUACUCAAACCGAACAUAAAUGUGUUUUGGAUUCUGCAAGACAUAUGCAAGAUGAAGGAUUUGAAGUUACUUAUUUACCUGUUAAUUCCGAAGGGUUAAUCAGCUUAGAAGACUUAAAGAAAGCAAUAAGGAAAGAUACUAUUUUAGUGUCAGUAAUGGCAGUAAAUAAUGAAAUUGGAGUUAUACAACCUUUAAAAGAAAUUGGAGAAAUUUGUCGUGAACAUAAGAUUUUUUUCCAUACUGAUGCUGCUCAAGCUUAUGGUAAAAUACCAAUUGAUGUAAAUGAAAUGAAAAUUGAUUUAUUAUCCAUAAGUUCUCACAAGAUAUAUGGUCCAAAGGGAAUAGGUGCAUGUUAUGUAAGAAGAAGACCAAGAGUUAGAUUAGACCCAAUUAUAACUGGUGGUGGACAAGAAAGAGGAUUAAGAUCAGGAACUUUAGCACCACCAUUAAUUGCUGGUUUCGGAGAAGCUGCAAGAUUAAUGCAAACUGAAGGCGCUUACGACAAAAAGCAUAUUACAAAACUAUCAGAUAAAUUAAAAGAAGGUUUGUUAUCUAUUCCAUCCACAAUUUUAAACGGAUCUCAUGAUCCAAAAUAUCAAUACCCAGGUUGUGUAAAUGUUUCAUUUGCAUACAUUGAAGGAGAAUCUUUAUUAAUGGCAUUAAAGGAUAUUGCAUUAAGUUCAGGAUCAGCAUGUACUUCAGCUUCUUUAGAACCUUCUUACGUGUUACAUGCUUUAGGAGCAGAUGAUGCAUUAGCUCAUUCUUCUAUUAGGUUUGGUAUUGGUAGAUUUACCACGGAAGAAGAAAUAAAUUAUGUUAUUCAAGCUAUAAAUGAAAGAGUUGAAUUUUUGAGAAAAAUGUCUCCGUUAUGGGAAAUGGUUCAAGAGGGAAUUGACUUGGAUUCUAUUGAAUGGAGUGGUCAUUAG